AUGAAUAAAAUCAUAGCAAUCUUGUUUGUUCUAUGUAUUGCAAAUGCAAGAUAAUACACAUUAUACAAAUAAUGUGAUUCUGCUUGGGCUAAUGAUUAAUUAGGAACAAGUGCAAAUACAAUAUGCAGAGCAGGAUGUUUAAUUUCAUCUAUAGCCAUGAUGUUACAUACUUAUGGUGUAGUAACAGAUGGUACAACAACUCCAAAAACAAUGAAUACAUGGUUAAGAAAGAACGGAGGGUAUGCUUCUGGUGAUCUUUUUGUCUGGGCCUCAAUUAAUCCUCUUGGUUUUGUUUUUCAAGGGUGGAUCACAACUACUUAAGCAAAAUGUAAGAAUUAUAAUUAUUUUUUAGAUAAAUUUGAUGCUGGAUUACAUGUUAUUUUGAAUGUUAAUAAUGGUGGUCACUAUGUGUUGAUGACAUCAUAUUCAGGCGACACUUUCAAUGUUAAUGAUCCUGGAUAUUCCAGAUCAACAUAUUCAGCUAAUGAAGUUAAAGAGGCUGCUUAUUAUGUCCAUAGUAAAAUCACCUAUUUUAAGAAUCAUGUCUUAAAUAUUUGA